UGUGGUAUAAUAUGACAUCGUUCUCACCACCAGGAAGGCCAGCCACAAGAAGACGGUUCACCACAUCAACCUGCCUGUCACCCUUGAACACCUGGGCCUCACACCUUUCAUUAUCAACGAUAAAGUGACCAAUGGCACGUUCUUCCGCUAUGCUACCUGUAUACCUGAUGUUUGUUCAACGGAGGAGUUGUGGGCCAGCUUGGUGCAGGAGUACUGGGAGAAAGACUACAAUUUGCUCUAUACCUUCUGCCAACCAGAUGAAAUGUUUACCGCCUUCACUGCUGGGGAUAUCGCCUUCAUCACUGUGGUCAGCAUUCUCUUCUCACUGAUGCUGGCGGCUGGCAUCGUCGACGUCUACAUACAGAACACCAACAACAAAACCUUGGCGAAAGGUGGGCUCAAGUACUUGUUGCCCUUCUCAGUUUACACCAACACCCAGAAACUGUUUGAGCUGAACACCAAGUCUUCUCCCGGCACCAUAUCGUGUUUACAUGGCAUUAAGGUGUUGUCCAUGACUUGGGUAAUCUUCGGUCACCAACAGUCUGCUUCCUUACAACUGAACGCUAACACCCAGGACAUGUGGAAGAGAGUAAACAAGUUCCUGUAUCAAGCGAUCGCGAACGCCUACUUCAGCGUGGACACCUUCUUCAUGGUGGGCGGCCUCCUCUUGUCCUGCAGCGCCUUCAGGCAACUCAAGAGGACUGGGAAGUUCAACGUCGCUCUGUUUUUUCUACACAGAUUAGUCAGAUUAGUCCCAGCCAUCGCCAUCGUCACCGGUCUCUACGCCACCGUCGUCCACUUCUUCAUGUCUGGCUUCUUCGCUGACUUCUGGCACUACUGGUAGGCGACCUGUAGUCAA